CCAAGUACUUAGAGGAAGAUAUAAAGGUCCACAUCCAGGAGACCUCCCACUCUUAUCUAUUUGAUUCUACCUGCUUGGUCUCACAGCAGGGUCUGUGUUUCUCUGUUUGUUCGUCAUGUUUUUAGUGGUGACCGUCUUCAGCGUGAUGCUAUGGACUCAGUGUAUCAAUGCUGAUAUUCAGCCACAACAGGACUUUGAUCUACAAAGGUUCUCAGGACAGUGGUAUCGUGUUGGCCUGGCAUAUGACUCGCCAGAAUUUGUGCCAUGGAGAAGUUAUGUGCAGGUCUCCAAUGGGAAUAUAACCUCUGAUAUGGAUGGCAAUGCCAACCUAACCGUAUGGGGGACAGGGUUAAAAGGUUGCAUGUGCCGUGUGUACUACUACCAGAAGACUGACCUCCCAGGCCAGUUCAACUACUUUAGUGACCGUCAUCAGAUAUUGAAGGACAUCACCGUGGUGGAGAGCAAUUACACUGAAUAUGGUCUGGUGGUGAAAUACAAGAAGAUUGUGAAAGAAUUCUCCCAGGUGUCUCUUUAUGGUCGCUCACCAACACUGAGAAAAGAAUUGGUGGAGAGAUUUAGAAACUAUUCUCUGUCUCUGGGCUUCUCUGCAGACUCCAUUCUGACCCCAUUGUUCGUAGAUCCCUGCUCUGAUUGCGGACAUUAAGACCUAACAGCAAACAUUGGUUAAAGAACUCCACACCAUCAUACUGGACCAAGAUAAGAGCGCAUCACCCUUACAUAUCCUGGGUCUUCUGUUUCGCUCUCUGCUUUACAUACAUGUAUUGUACAAUAACACUAUUGAAUACACAGAGAACUGUU